AUGGGCACAGGCAGCAGUCAAGGGGCUGGCCUGCUGCAGCCAGAGCCACUGGUCCUGGCUCCACCAGGGACAUCACACCGGGUCAGCAGCCACAGGUGGGGCCUUGGAGGUGGCUUGGACAGUGGGAAUUCCUUCAAGCCUCCUGCCAAGCUGGAGGACCCCAAGCCCAGCAGAAAGCAGCCCAGCAUGUGCCCCCACUCAGUGCUGGCCAAAGCAAAGGCAGACCCCAGGUUUAGGGAGAUCUUCCACUUCGACACCCCUGUGCUGAUGUGGGACCAGCACUUCACCCCGGAGACCUGGGACAGGCUGAAGUCACGACACGUCCCCUACGGCUGGCAGGGCUUGUCCCACGCAGCUGUGGGCAGCACCCUCCAGCUCCUCAACGCCUCGGCCAACAGGCACCUCUUUGCCAGGGACACCUUCCCGGGGGGCUGCAUCCGCUGUGCUGUGGUGGGCAACGGUGGCAUCCUCAACGGCUCCCGGCAGGGCAAGGCCAUCGACGCCCACCACCUGGUGUUCAGGCUCAACGGUGCCGUGAUCAAGGGCUUUGAGGAGGACGUGGGGACCAAGAUCUCCUUCUACGGCUUCACGGUGAACACCAUGAAGAACUCGCUCAUCGCCUACGAGGAGUUCGGGUUCACCCAGAUACCCCAGGGGGAGGACCUCAGGUACAUCUUCAUCCCCUCAGACAUCCGUGACUACGUGAUGCUGAAGUCAGCCAUCCAGGGCAGCCCUGUCCCUGAGGGCACUGACAAGGGGGACAGGCCACAGAAGUAUUUUGGACCUGAGGCAUCUGCAGAGAAGUUCAAGCUGCUGCAUCCUGAUUUCUUGCAUUACCUGAGAGAGAGGGUCCUGCGCUCGGAGCUGCUCAACACGCGGUUCGGGUCGCUCUACAUGCCCAGCACUGGUGCCCUCAUGCUCCUCACUGCUCUCCACACCUGCGACCAGGUCAGUGCCUACGGGUUCAUCACCUCCAACUACGAGCAGUUCUCAGAUCACUACUACGAGCUGGAGAAGAAACCACUGGUGUUUUAUGCCAACCAUGACAUGAUGCUGGAGGCCGCGCUGUGGAGGAGCCUGCACCGGGCAGGGAUCAUGACCCUCUACCAGCGGUGA